AACUGUCACCGAAUUUGACAGCUGUAAACGUCAAACGUGCAUUUUUAUUACUAUAAAACGUAUAUUUAUAAUAAUUCUAAUAAUUAUUAUGAAUGAAACAAGUGAGAAAAUUAAUAGUACACCUCUAACACGUAGAGUUAAUAAAUUAUUAGACUUACGUCCUGAAAAUGAUAAGGGAACGCUUGAAGCUCUAAAAGAACUUUCGACAUUUUUUACUGAAAAUACAUUAAAUGGAAGACGUAAUCUUCGAAGUAAAAUCGAACGAAGAAGUCUCACAAUUAAUGAAGACUUUUUAUCAGCAUUUAAAGAAGUUAAAAACACAUUGGACGAUAUGUAUCAUAAUGUUUCAGCAAUGAAUAAUUCUGUUCAAAGUAUGAGCAAUCGUUUACAAACAACAAAAUCUCGUACAUUACAACUUAUUGAUCAGACAUCAAAACUACAAAACGAAAGUAAAAAACUGUCAAUACAACAAGAGGUUGCGAAUGCAUUUAUAAAAUCAUUUGAAUUGAAUUCGUCAGAAAUGUCAAUAUUGCAUGGACCAUCUAGAGAAUCGCCGAUAACGGAAGAAUUUUUUACAGUUGUCAAUCGAGUACAGGAAAUACACAGUAGUUGUCGAAUAUUAAUGCAAUCGGGAUAUCAAACAUUGGCACUUGAUAUAAUGCAAAGAAUGACACUUUUACAAGAGGCAGCACUCGAAAGAUUAUAUAGAUGGACACAAAAUCAAUGUAGACAUAUUGAAAAUGAACAUUUAGCUCCAUUAUUAAUAAAAGCAAUGGGCAAAUUACAAGAAAGACCCGUUCUUUUUAAAUAUAUUUUAGAUGAAUAUUGCACGGCUAAAAGAUCUGUAUUGGCGGGAUCUUUUAUUGAUGCAUUAACAUUGGGAAAAAAUAUAACUGGCGCUCCAAAUCCAAUAGAAAUGCAUGCACACGAUCCAAAACGUUAUGUGGGCGAUAUUCUCGCGUGGUUCCAUCAGGCGAUACCAAUUGAAAAAGAAAAUUUACUAAAUCUUGUAAAAGCUUGCGACAAGACAGUUGUAUUGGAUCAGGUAAAUCAAUCAUUGGGCAAUAUUACAGAAGGUUUAUGUCAUCCUUUAAAAUCAAGAAUUGAACAUAUUGUAUCGGUCGAUGCACCGGCAACUGUUUUAUAUUCAGUGAUGACGCUAAUUAGAUUUUAUAAAACAAUAUUAAAGCCAGUUAUUUUUGACAGUGUUCUUGAUACAACUUUAGGUGAAUUAAUGGAAUUAAGUGAAAAGAGUUUUGUUAGUCGACUCCAAAGAGAAACACGCGUUGCUUUAGGUGAACGUGCCGAACCACCGGGCACUGAUUUAAUUCCUGCUCCUUCUGUUUCAAGAUUAUUGGCACUUUUAAAUGAAGUUCUUUCAGUUGCCAGUAUUGCCGAAGACAGAGAAAAGGAUAUGUUACAAAUUGUAUCGUGUAUUAUUGAUCCUCUUUUGCAAGAAGUGAAUGAAACUGCUUCAAGAUUACCGACAGUUGACAUGGCUGUUUAUCUUCUUAAUUGUAUGCAUCAAAUUCAAUCUACUCUUGCUUUAUACGAAUACAUGGAUCAAAGAUUGGAAAGACUGCAGGCUCAGUCCGAUGCACAAAUUGAUACUUUAACAUCUGAACAAGCCAGUUCAUUGGUGGCAAAUUUAAAUCUUGGACCAAUAUACACAAUUUUACAAGGCUAUCAACAAGGGCCUUUGUCAUCGAUUCCAGGAAUGGAUCCAUUGAGUGUCAAAGAAUUUACGAAUAAAUUGGAAGCAUUUAUUGUGAUGCCAGACGUUCUAUUAUUGCCACAAAUUAGUUUAUUGCAAAGUACAACGCAUCGAACUGUAGCUCAAAAACGUUCAUUUGAAGUUAUUAGUGCAAUUUAUAAACAAUUAUACGAAGCCUGUCAUGAUCCUAAAAAUCUUUAUCAAAAUUCUGAUAGUCUAUUCUCGAGAACACCGGAAGAAUUACUUAAAACAUUGAUCUCUAAUUGAGAUAUUUAUAUUUUAUUUAAAUUUAAUAUAUUACUGAAAAAAUGAGAAUAUAGUAAAUAAAAAAAGAAAA